AUGAAAGCGACGAAUUUAUGUUCAAAAAGUGUUCCAUUAAUGCUAUGUCGUCGUACAAAAGGCUAUGGAGAAGUUGAUACAGCACAUGGACAUGGACACGAUGGACAUGUUGAUCGCCAUCAAGUUUUAUACGAACGAAUGUGGAAGAACAAGUCAACUUAUGACUGGUUACCAAAACCACAGGGUAGUUGGGCUGAAGCAAACGCUAAAAAACAAAGUCGUUAUAAUCAAGUGUUAAUUGCUGGUAUUGCUUCAAUCUCAUUAGCAACCUUUUAUGUACUUACUGUUACUGAAAAGAAUGCUGGUGCAAGAUAUCGAGCUCCCUAUCAUCUAAUUGGACAUGAAGAUUUUCCGGGCUCAAAAUAUUUGGAUGUUCAAAAACCAGAAUAA